UAGCUCCCAGUCAUUCUGGCUGGGAGAAAGGUCAUUUCCCAGCUGGGGCAGAAAGAGGCCAGGCUGAGACUCCUCUCUCCAGGGAGCACAACAGCAAGGGAGAAGGGACGGAUCCACAUCACUUUUGCCUUCACCACAAAGUCACAAGCAAGAGACAACAGAGCCAUCCAGUGGCAGGGCACGAGACAGCCUUUGCGAAGGAAAUGUCUCGAAGUGGUUGCAGUAAGGUGCUGUCCUCAUGUCUCAUCCAUGGAAUAGACCACCUGGUGAUGACUGUGAAGAGUAUUGAAGAAACUACAUCCUUUUAUGCAAAAUCGCUGGGCAUGGAAGUGGUGACGUUCAAGGGAAACCGGAAAGCCUUGUGCUUUGGGAAUCAGAAAUUUAAUCUUCACGAGGUUGGGAAGGAAUUUGAACCCAAAGCCCACAACCCUGUGCCAGGAUCCAUAGAUGUCUGCCUGAUUACGGACUGCCCUCUCCAUGAGGUGGUGGAACAUCUAAAGAACUGCAACAUCCCUAUUGAAGAAGGCCCAGUGACCAGAACUGGAGCUCUGGGGCCAAUCGAAUCAGUGUACUUCCGAGAUCCUGACAAGAAUCUGAUUGAAGUUUCCAAGUAUAUCACAGAACAUGUUGGAUACAAGGACCAUUUGCUACCAUGUAGGAGCUGCCCCCUGGAUGGCCUCUUUGAGGAAACCUCCCAGCCUUAGAUGCAG